AUGUCCGAAAGCAAGGUAUUCUAUAAGUAUAAGGCGCAUGAACUUAGAGGGGAGUUGGCAUCUGAUUCAGGGAAGCUUAAGGUUUCUAUGAGAAGGAAAUUGUUUCUCAAAAAGGUGAUUGCUAACCUAGUGAUGGGCAAUUACUUCGAGAUGGGCCAGUUAUUUGUUGAUGUGAUGAGAGUUUGGAAUUCAGAAAGCGAUCUCGAAAUCAAGCGCAUGUGCCAUCAAUAUAUGUGUACUCUGAUGCCUUCUAAUCCUGAACAGCUGGAUAUGAUACUACCAUUGAUACUCAAUGAUCUACGAUCAAAUUCGGAAGCGUUGUGUAUAAUUGCACUAAGAACGUUGACAACUUUCAACGAGCCAUCGUAUUUGCAAGAGGCUUCCCAGAACAUUAAGAAACUUAUAAUGGCUACAAAUGAUGUUUCAGUUCCGUUGAGGAAGACGGCUCUCUUUUCUUUGGUCAAACUUGACCAAAAGGAUCACGAAAGAGCCAUGGAGUUGUAUUAUUUUAUUAUAGACAUGCUAGACUAUGGGAAAGAGGACCCAACGAUUUUAGUUGCUGCUGCGACGGUGAUUGAUGACAUUCAUCAGCGCCAUCCCGAUAUGAAACCUUUUGACAUUACUCAUAACAUCUGCUUCAAUCUAAUGGAGCUCUUGGGGAAGAUUAAUGAAUGGGACACGGCAAAGAUUUUCGACAUAUUAACUGUUAAUUACGUUCCCAAGAGUCACGACGAAGCUCAUCAACUCAUUGAAAUGUCAGUUCCGAAGCUAUUGAACUUAAACUCUUCGGUGGUGCUCAACGCGAUGAAGUUUAUAUUUUAUGUGACUAAUUACGUCGACUCGAUAGACGAAAAAGUCUUGAAGAAGCUAUCCAGUUCAAUAACGGCUUUGCUAAACAAACCUCCAGAGACGCAGUUUUUGGUUCUAAGAAAUGUUAUCUUACUCUUACUCGCGCGAGAGGAACCUCUCAUAAAGCUUGAACCAAGUUACUUCUUCGUUGAGUACUCUGAUCCAACGUAUAUUAAAGACACGAAGCUUGAAAUUUUAUAUCUUUUGGCCGAUGAAGAGCACACGCCACAUAUAUUGGAUGAGCUAAAGAGCCAAGCCACUGAUAUCGAUAUUCAAAUGUCCAAGAAGUCAAUCAGAGCUAUAGGGAAUUUAGCUGUGAAAUAUGAACAUGCAUCCCAGUAUAGUGUAGAUGUGCUAUUAGAACUUCUCGAGUUCGGGGUGGAUUAUAUUUCUCAAGAAGUUAUAUCCAUGCUAAAAAAUGUACUCAGGAAGUACCCAAAUCAGUUCAGCUAUAUUGUACCAACUGUGGUCAAGUAUGUUGAUUCGACACAGGAUUCUGAAUCAAAAUGUGCCAUGAUUUGGAUCGUGACAAAUUACUACAAAUAUCUAGAGCGCCCGUUAGACGUUUUCCGCAUAUUCUCAGAUAACUUUGCGGAAGAAACAUUAGAGGUUCAGCUAAUAUUGCUAAACUCAGUGGUGAAGUUCUUUUGUACUCAUCAAUCAAAGGAAACGGAAAAGCUCUGCUUGAAGGUGCUCAAGGAGGCUACAGAAGUGAAUGAUAAUCCAGACCUUAGAGACAAUGCAUAUUUGUACUGGAGGCUAUUAAGUUUAUCCGGUAACCCAUCCGAAACUAUGUUCAACAACGAUGUUGUCAAGGAUAUCAUCAAUGGAGAACUCCCUAUCAUUGAAAUCAAUACGAAACUAGAUCCCGCCGUCAGAGAAGAACUUGAAUUGAACAUUGGUAGUAUUUUGUCUGUGUAUCUAAAACCUGUAUCUCAAGUGUUCCGUGGUGCAACUCCAAAAAGACUACCUCUCAGCGAUAUUCUCAACGUUGAUAAGUCCGAUUUGUCGGUUAUAAGUGACCCAAGCAGUGGGAACUUCGUUGGAAUCUUCAGUGGCUCAGAGAGCAGUAGGAAAUCAAGCUCUCCAGUUAAAAAGAUGUCUGACUAUGAUAAACCAGCGGAAAACGUUAUACCAUUGAAAGAUAGAAAGAAGUCAAGUUUAUCAGUAUCUGCGAAUAAACUAGCCAAAAAGCCAUCCAUGCUUGUUAGAAGGCUAACGUUGAAAAAACCAUUCUCGGGAUGA